AUGGAGCUGAAGCAGAUGUCCCCACCUCCCUCAUCUCCCAUGAUGGACACUGAAGGAGACGAUCCCUGUGGGAUCAACGCCAUAGAUGUGGCCAUAGACGGUGUCACGCUGCUCGUCUGCCUCUGUGGGCUGGUUGGGAAUGUGGCUGUCCUCUGGCUCCUGGGAUUCCGCAUCCGCAGGAACCCCAUCACCGUCUACAUCCUCAACCUGGCUGUGGCUGACUUCACCCUCCUCCUCUUCAUGGUGCCCACCUCUGUGCUCUACCUGCUGGAUAAUGUGUCCUGCUCCCCUGCUGUGCCCCUGCACUACCUGAGGCCCCUUUUCUUGCUGUUGCUGUUCUCCUACGACAUGGGGCUGUACCUGCUGGCGGCCAUCAGCAUCGAGAGGUGUGCCUCGGUUCUCUUCCCCCUCUGGUACCGCUGCCACCGCCCCCAGCACCAGUCGUGGGUGGUAUGUGCCCUGCUCUGGGUCCUCUCCAUCACUGUCAUGGCCACGGUGACUUCCCUGUGCCUGUCACCCAAGCACAAGCACRAGCACUGCCAGGUGGCUCUCAUCUMCAUGUACGCCCUCAMCUUSKUCAUCUUUGCYYYACCCAUGGUCAUCUCCAAUGUAAUCCUCUUCAUCAAGGUCCAGUGUGGCUCCAAGAGACAKCAGCCCAAGAGGCUCUACAUCGUUAUCUUCCUCACUGUGCUCUUCUUCCUCACCUUUGGAGUGCCCCUCAGCYUCUGCWAUUUCCKGCAGCAGCUCACUGGCACCCCURUGUCCUCCSAGGUKGUUUUCCUGCUCGCCUGCAUCAACAGCAGCAUCAACCCCUUCAUCUACUUCUUGGUGGGGAGCUGCAGGAGGCACUGCUCCGUGGUGUCCUUCCAGAUCGCCUUGCAGAGGGUCUUUGAGGAGACAGGGAUCACCACAUCCUCCAGCUGAGAGGCUCCUGUAGUCCCACCKGCUGUGCUGCCCACGUCAGCUUCAUGCUCAG